UAUCCCUUAUCCAAAAACCAUCCUCCCAAAGACCUCGGAGUCAGAAAACCAAAGCAAAACUCUCAAAACUCACAUACAAACUCCAUCUCCUAUAGCUUCAAGGAUUCAUCAAAGCUCAUGGCUUUACUUCGCUCUAUCUUCUCUCCAUCUACGACAUAUUUCCCAGGCGAAGAACAAACCCAUUUCACACCUCUUUGUUCUCUUCAAAAUCCACACAAAAACACUCUCUCCGUUUCUUGCUCUCUGUCUUGCGUCUUUCCUCUCUCUCACACCCACAACGCUCCUUCUUCACGCCUCAUUAAGUCCAGAAGAGAUGGAACCCUGGUUUCACAUUUCUCUUCCACCGCUCAAGAGCAAGCUCUCGAGUCUCCUCCGGCGAGCGAAAGCGGAGAAACUGGCUCGGAAACCGAGGAGGUCCUGAAGAACAGAUUGUAUGCCCAGAACGUUCCUUGGAAUUGUACCCCCGAAGACAUUCGUGCUCUCUUCGAGAAGUACGGGACUGUCGAAGAUGUUGAGCUUUCAAUGUUUAAUAAGACCAGAAACAGGGGAUUGGCAUUUGUGACAAUGGGUUCACCUGAGGAGGCUCUUGCUGCUCUCAAUAAUCUGCAAUCGUAUGAAUUGGACGGUCGUGUUAUAAAGAUUGAUUAUGCCAGAUUAAGAAAGAAGAAAGUUACCACUCCUAUGCAACCUAAGCCAGAAGUGACAUUCAAUUUGUUUGUGGCAAAUUUGUCGUUUGAAGCAAGAGCUAAAGAUCUCAGGGAGUUCUUUAAUUCAGAGGGUCAUAGUGUUGUUUCUGCAGAGGUUAUUUUUCAUGAGAAUCCAAGAAGAUCCUUGGGAUAUGGAUUUGUGGCAUUCAAAUCCAAGAAAGAAGCUGAGGCAGCUCUUUCUGCUGUUCAAGGAAAGAUCUUUAUGGGAAGACCAAUUCGAGUGGCACGCAGUAGACAAUUUGUCAAACAACCAACUGGUGAGAGUGCAAAGACUGAAGAUACUUCGACAGAGUUAAACACUAGCACUGAUCAAAACUAGAAGUGAAUUUUUCUCUACUACGACUUAUGAGCCGUGGAAAGAGGUGGGGGUAGAGCAAAUACAAGCUGCGCCUGCUUGAUGUGCUAUAAUCUUGGUUGGUCUUAUUCUUACAGAUAAACCAUUUUUAGAUGAGCUGUAAACUUCAACUCUUAAAGUUUUUGGUUUAUAGUUUUAUCACUGCUAUCAUAUAUGAUGUCUCUCUAUUUUUUAUAGGACAUUAGAAAUGCAUUAGCGAAAAAUAAAAAGGAAAACAAGGGUUAUCAGUUGUGACUCCAUUUCUUAAAAUUUAGAGAUCCUUUUGAUGCUGAUAUUUAGUCAGUUGCAAGUAGUUAAAACCCAGAUUAGUAUUUAUAUGACACACAA